AAAACCUGACAAUAGCUUCAUCAAGAACACAACUGGCAAAGAUCAUCAUUUUUUUGACUACAACAAGAAUAAUAAUCACCGACAAUAAACACCAUGGUUAAUACAUACAUGAAGAAGAAGGGGGAAAGAAUGAAUAACUGAGGCAUUAAGCUAAUAUUGUUCAAUCUUCACAAAACCGAACUCUAUUUGAAGGCAAUGUAUAUCCGUGUGAAGCGUAAUAAAACCACCUACUUCAUUCAAUGUGACCCAACCGAGACAAUUCUACAAAUAAAGGAGAAAUUAUUUAACCUCACUGAUCAACCUGUUAAUGAUCAGCGAUUAAUCCUGAUGCCAGCUGGAGACGUUCUGGAAGACUCAAAGUCCCUAGCUGAUCAGAAAGUUGAAAAUGACUGUGUAGUGGCGCUGACUCUGAGAAAAGAUGACAAUGAAUUCGAGGAUGUAAAUAUCGUGAAACCAAAUGACUUUUACCAGCCCCGCGAUUCAGAAGGUGGUGCAAAUUGGUGAUACACAUUCUGGGAACAUCAAAUCCUCAAGAAAGAUCUGUAUACUUGUACUCUUUGGAUCAAGGCAAUUGAUUGUCCUGCAUCUGGUUUGGUCAAAAUACUGAGAUAGGGUCGAGUUCCAUGCAUGAUAGUUUGUGAUAUCGUCGUGAUUAGCACGAUAGACACCGUCCAAGAAAACUACUACUUCUUCUUCUUUUUUUUUUUUUUUUUUUUUUUUUUUUUUUUUUUUUUUUUUGGCAAUGACGAGCUAAGAUAGAGAUCGAUAAAUUUCUGCAUCAAGAAUUUUCUUUUUUCCUUUUUAGUGGGAUUAAAGUUUUUAUGGAUGUAUGAAAAAUGCUGGCCAAGCGUGUGAUUUGUCUUGUA